AUGAGAUUCACCAAUAUCCUGCUUACUGGGGCCUCUGGUCUCGGAGCCCUAGCACAAGUACCCAAUCAUCUCAACAAACGAGCAGCAUGCAAUCGUGAUAACUUGUUCCGAUGCUUCAUCGACCAGCGGUACUCAAACCAGGCUAGCGACUUUUGUGCGGAACUUGCACCCUUUACAGUAACUGUCGCAACUUCAAUUGCAACCGUAACAUCAACUGUAGAGUCUACUGCUACUGCCGAUGCAGCCGAAGUAACUGAGAUCCACAAAACAACUGUUUUUACGGCAACUGUUCCUACAGCCACAACAGUUGUGACAGCCGAUGCUGCUGGUGCUAUCAAACGUCAAGUGGCCGCAAACCCACCAAAAUGUAUGACGAACGGCGUCACAUACCCUGCUAGCAGGAUUACGUCGGCGUGUUCUUGCAUCAGUGUGCCGGCCUCGACUGUCGGCGUCACUCAUGUUGUCAGCACGGAAACCAUCACGGAAAUCAACACCAUCAUCACCACGCCUCGUGCUACACUUACAUCAUGGGAAACAGUCUUUACGGCCACAACUGGCGGUACAUCCACAAUUACUGUCCUUCCAACCAAAGUAAAUCGUCUUAUCAAUGGCGACUUUGAGACUGGUGACUCGACUGGUUGGAAAUUGUCCCCCGACUCGUGGAAAGGAGACUUUUACAAACUUGGCGGCCUUCAAAACCAGUGGAUGUACUUAGUGUAUGAUGCAGCAGGUGAACUUGGUAUUCUACGUCAAGCUAAGCCCAUCUACCUUGAAGCAGGCAGCUACCAGAUGGGAUUGCAUGCGCCGCCUGCCAAGUUUCCUCAUGACUCCGACUACUGGCAUCAGGUAGUCCGAUACGAACUUGUCAAUCGCGACACAGAAACAACGAUAAGCCCCAAAUUUGGAUAUUCAAAGGUCGUGGCUGCAGCGGGAACAGUUGUGGUCCCGCUUCAAGUCGGCUUCGACGUUCCUGAGGAAGCAGAAGGAUACUAUGAUGUUGCCUUGAGAUUUCUUGAGCGCCUACCUGAAGGACAGCCUAAAAACAUCUAUGCUAGGAUCGACAAUUUGUACCUUCAAAAGCUAUAG